GUUGAUAGAAAGAAGAAAGCAAAAGACACUUCCUUUUGCUCGGUGGCGUUGUAGGAAUGGGAGAGAAGAAGACGACGACAGGAGAGGGCUUAGGGUUUUACAAGGAAUAUGUCGCCGGAAUGAUGGCUGGUCUCGCCACUGUCGCCGUCGGCCACCCUUUUGACACCGUCAAGGUGAAACUUCAGAAACAUAAUACAGAUGUGCAAGGGCUCAGAUACAAAAAUGGGCUGCAUUGUGCUUCAAGGAUCCUGCAAACUGAAGGAGUCAAAGGACUUUAUAGGGGAGCAACAUCCUCGUUUUUGGGAAUGGCUUUUGAAAGUUCAUUGAUGUUUGGCAUAUACUCCCAGGCAAAGCUGUUCUUGCGGGGAACUUUGCCAGAUGAUGGGCCACAACCAGAGAUAAUUGUUCCGUCUGCUAUGUGUGGUGGAGCUAUUAUUAGUUUUGUAUUAUGUCCAACAGAGCUUGUAAAGUGUAGAAUGCAGAUCCAAGGAACGGAUUCUUUGGUUCCUAACUUCCGUAGAUACAAAAGUCCUCUUGAUUGUGCCGUUCAGACCGUUAAAAAUGAAGGGGUGACAGGUAUUUUUCGUGGUUGUUCGGCAACAUUAUUAAGAGAGUGUGCUGGAAAUGCUGUCUUUUUUACUGUCUAUGAGUAUUUACGGUAUCAUAUCCACUCGAGAUUGGAGGAUUCUAAGCUGAAAGAUGGUUACUUGGUUGACAUGGGGAUAGGAGUUUUCACUGGUGGUCUUGGAGGCAUAGCUUGCUGGUCAGCUGUUUUGCCCUUUGAUGUAGCAAAAACCAUUAUCCAGACCUCUUCAGACAAAGCUACCGAGAGAAAUCCUUUUAAAGUGUUGAGCUCGAUUCACAAGAGGGCUGGACUCAAGGGAUGCUAUGCAGGUUUGGGUCCAACCAUUGUGAGAGCAUUCCCUGCUAAUGCAGCAGCAAUCGUUGCUUGGGAGUUCUCAAUGAAAAUGUUGGGAAUCAAACGGGACUAGGAUUAGUCUUCCAAUCUAAUUUAUUUGGUCUGAUUUUCAGAUCUCAGAACCACAAGGAGCGUGCAUUUGCUUCGAUGAGCUUUCUUGUAACAGAACUACAUAUAUCAAGAAUCAAAAGUGUCUCCCAGAUUAUUAUUUUUGAUAGCCUUUUAGCUCUGUCUCCUCAUUUGUUGAUUGCAAUACAAAUACAGUUUCCUG